AUGGGGCCCGGGAUAUGGAGGUGCAAAGCAGCAGAGAUUGGGAAGCCGGGUGCGGCGAAGGCGGUGGCUGCGGUCCGGGAAGAGCACGAAAAGGGGGGGUCAGGCGAUUUCACCGCUCUCAUGCGGAAAGUGAAUAUGGCGUUGCGAAGGUAUUCCAAGGAGGAACAGAAGCGGGUCAAGGCUACCCUUCUUCACCUGGAUACAGCGGUGGCGGUGCUGCAGCAGGAAGUGAUGUGGAAUCCUUAUUGUUCCACCCUGAAAGAGGAGUUGGGGAUCAAGGAGUCGCAACUGGCGGCAUAUCUCGCAUCGGAGCAGGAGAGGUUGUCUCUCAUGGCCGGAUUCGAGAAGUCGGCGGUCCUUCCUCCCGCUGCCCUGGAGGCGGUUACUGUCCUAUUGCACAAGAAUGGCGUGAAGGACCAGGUGCACAAUUACCGCCCGAUCACGCUGCUCAAUAGCACAUACACGUUAGUGGCGCGGGUGCUGGCAAACAGAAUGCGUAAAGUGCUGCACAAGGUCAUUUCGGAGGAGCAAUACGGUUUCUUACCUGGAAGAAGGCUGUCGGAUGGGGUUUCGUUGAUCGCGGAUGUUGUUGAGGCGACGAAGUGUAAAGACGAGGACUGGUACCUUCUGCUCGUGGAUUUCCAGAAGGCUUUCGACUCCGUCUCGCGCGAGUACCUCUUUGGCACGAUGGAGAGGAUGGGCUUCCCCCAGAAGUUCGUGCAGUGGUGUGUGGGCCUCCACGCGGGAUCGAUGACGAGACUGUUGCUCAACGGCUGGCUGGGGGAUCCAGUGGCGGUCAGGAAAGGUGUACGUCAGGGUUGCCCGCUGGCGCCUUAUCUUUUCCUCUGCGCAGUAGAGCCUCUCUGCCAGGAAGCAAGAAGGCGGAAACUGGGGAUUAGCAAUCCGUACGGUGAUCGUCUAGCGUACCCGGGGUACGCAGAUGAUACCACGCUGGUGCUCAAGGGUAAAAGGCAAAUCGGCCGGGCGGUGAAGCUGAUGGACAAGUUCGGGGUGAAGUCAGGACUCUGGGUGAACAACGACAAGUCCGCGCUGCUGCCCCUGGGAAGGAACCUGCGCAGAAAGCCCGACAAGUCGUCAGUGUUUAAAUGGGUGCGGCCGAAUGAAGCGGAAAGGGUCUUGGGGGUGUGGAUCUCACCUUCGGGGGACGCGUCGGUGACCUGGGAAAUCACCCAGGUGCGCGCAACGGCGGAGCUGGUGAAGUGGCAGAUCCAGUAUUUAACUACGUCCGGGAGGGUCGCUGUGGUCAACGGCUACAUCAACCCGAUUCUCGCUUUCCAGGCGCAGGUCUACCCGCCUCCAUCCGAAAUCUGGGCGACACUGGUGAAGAUGCUUCACAACUUUGUCACGGGGAAUCACUCAACAGCGGGGAAGCAUUUCGCGCUUUGGAGUCAGGAGCUGAUGUUCAAGGCGAGAGGGGAGGGCGGCCUCGGGGUCCGAGACCCGUGUGCUGAGCUGGGGGGCCUGGCGGCAAGAAGAAUUGCGCUGCUGGCGUCGCAGCCGCUGGGUCUGCGUGCUGAUCUUGCGCUGGCAGCUCUGGACGUCCUUGACCUUCAAGAGUUACUGCUCUUUAAUCGGCGGCUGCUCUUGAACAGUAGGACACCUGCGGGGAGGCAGAAGGCGGCUAAGGUUCUUAAAACGCUCAGUCAUGUGUGA